UCCAUUCUUUUCACUUUCUGCUUUGGCUUGUGAUGGGCAGAUUGAACGUGAGCGACCAGCUUUCUUUUGGAGUGCAAGCCUUAGCAUUAGCAGCUUUUCAUUACAUUUGUCAGUUUUUCUUUCUGAGGAUGGCGGGAGAACAGUGUUCUCCAGGAUUCAUCUGGGACACACUGGUGAAGAGCUGCAUCCCCCAAGAUGUUUUGUGGCAGACACAGAAACCUUUCGCCGAGGCAGCGAUGGUGAUGAGUACAGGUCCCCCGGUUCAGUGCUGGUGGAACGUCGCUGUGUGGAUCAUAGUGUGUGCCGUAGUCGUUCUGAGCAGCUCAGCCCUGAUCCUCUGGGUCAUCGUCUACAGACAACACACUCACGGAAAGAGAAACUCAAAGUGUUCAGCAUCUCAUCAUCGCAGCAAUAAGACAAACUCAUAUGACAAGGAUGGUGAUGUCGGUUCACACGUGAACAGCAAACAGGAAGUGUUUGACUGUGAAAUGGGCUGGGGGAGGGGUUCCUGUAAGGCAAGGGGGGAGCCUGUAGUUCCAUUACCAGCUACAGAGCUGGGAGACUCCGCCCUGGUCACUACAAAAACUGUACAGCUGGUCAAUUAUUCACAUUGCGAUGCUCCAUUAAAAACAAACAGAAAAAUGACAGGAAAAUGUGCUAUAGAUUCUGGUUCAAUGGACUAGGAUUAUGUGUUAGCAUAUAGCAGGUUGGGUAUUGUAGAUACCCACAUUUUAACAAAGCAAGUGAUUGUUCAGUGGAGACUUUCGGUUUUACGGAAAAAGACUAAAAAAAACAGUUUUUGCAUAAUCUGUUUUAAAAUUUUUACACAGUUCCUCCAUUUUCAGAGGCUCAAAAGUAUUUUCAUAAAGUCUGGAACACAUGCUGCAGCUUCCUUCACCUACUAUUGCUUUGUGUAUCUUUGUUCCUUCAGUUUUGCCUUCAGUUCAAUAGGGUUCAGAUCAGGGGUCUGACUCUGCCUUUUAUUUGCGUUAAUCAAUCACUUAAUACUAAAGUUAAAUGAGUAGAAUGUACACUCAUGGGCCAUUUUAUUAGGAUCAACUUUACACCUAUGAUUUGUGCACUUAUCUGGUUAGUCACGCAAAACGCGUAAACCAUGCCGAUAUGGCCAACAGCUUUGGUUAUUGUUCACAUCAAACAGCAGAAUGGGAUAAAAAUCUGUGAAUUUAAAUGUUGCAUGUUGUUGUUGCCAUAUGGGUUGGUCUGAUUAUUUCUAGAACGGCUAGGAUUUUUUUUUUGUGAUCAACUUUUCAUUACGGUUACAGGAUGUUCCUGUGUAAGAAGAACAUUGAUACAAACAAAAACAACUAAAGUACAAAAAACCUAAUUUUUUUAUUUUUUUUUCAAAUGCAACCCCACCCACCCACAGUAACUCCCCCUCCCCACUCCCUCUGCAGUCAGGUACAGAAAUCUCAAGUAAUUGACUCUAAAUGCUGUAAAACCACAUAUUGUGUUAAGGCUGCCAUCAUUUUUCUUCAUGCUCUUAACAGUAAUUGUAUUAUUGAAACUGAACUUCCCUUUCCGGGUUUAUGCAGCAUCAAUUUGAACAUUUGCAAAAAAUUGAGUAAAAAUAGAUUUCCUAUUUUUAGAAACUAAGUAACAUCAUUCAUGUCUUAAGAGUUAAUGCUGGUAUUCCAAACUCAUGCCUGAUAUAUACAGUAUAUAUAUCAGUAUUUUGGCUCUGUCUUGUAGGGUUUUGGCCACCAGAUGUCCCCAUUAUUCCCCUGUGUUGCAUUUCCUCUUGUCUGGUCACCACCACUGUGGACUCACUGAAAUCAUGGCUGACUCCUACCACAUCAAUUUGAGUCCGCAGUGAGGUCUAUGUUCAGCACUAAAAGAGAUUACUUACCCAGAAUGUCCUAAAACUAUUAGGAUCAGUGAAAUACAACUGUCGGGAUUUGAGGGGUUCUGGCUAGAUCUCGGACUUUUUUUCUUGUGUUUCGCACAAUUUCCCACCAGAUGUCGCCAGAGUAUUCCAGAGUCCCUCGUUAGCUCCUUUCGUGUUUUGUGGUUCAGUUCCCACAGCUGUUUUUUAGAGUCUUUUGUCUUUUCCUGUCUUUUGUAUUUUCCUGUGUAAUUCCUUGCUUUUGAGUAUGUUUUUUUUGCCUUGUUAUAUCUUCUCAAAUGACUGUGAUUUUGCCCUUUUCCCAAAAAAGAACUUUGUUUCAGAUUUUGCAUGUGUUUCGUAGGUGGUUGUUUUUUCCCCUUUUAAAUUUUGAUUUUAAUUAGAAUUUUUUUUUUU